AUGACGGUCACUCGUGGACUCGCCAUUCGUGGAGAGAAGGUUCCGUCGCGAAAUGUAGGCGGUGUUGGUUUUCUUGUGCACCCAUAUGUCGUCCAUCUCGUCGAUUCUCACGAGGUCCUGUCACCUCGUCUGGCCAUUCUUCGCCUCCGCCCUCUGCGCCAAAAAUCCAUCAGUAUCAUCAACUGCUACUCACCAACAUCAGCAGCUGAUGAAUCUGAAUUGGACGCGUUUUACGAGAAGCUGGAGGAAGUAGUCCGCAACGAGAAGUCCUUCUACAAAUUUGUUGUCGGAGACUUCAAGGCAAAACUAGGAAAGGCCACAGAAGAGGAAUACAGGAUUGGAAGAUUUGGACUAGGGGACCGGAAUGAAAAUGGCAAUCGUCUCGCCGGGCGGUUGUCCGCCGCUCGCCUCUUUUAUGGGAACUCUCUUUUCAUGAAAAAAAAAUCAUCGUCGGUGGACAUGGGAAUCGCCCAAUGGCGCGACUUGUGCGGAGAUCGACCACAUACUCACCAACCGGAGGUGGUGUUUACUUGA